UUAUCCGUAAGACCAAAACCACCCUUCAUCGUUUCAGUUCAAUGUAAAUUGUAAACCUUCGUUUCAUUCUUCAACAACGUUAAUUACUAUUAUAGUCCUCAUUGUUCUGUUCUUGGAUUUCUUCUCUUCUCCGAACGCUUUUGCGUUGGAUUCUCACCGCCAUGUCCUUCCAAUUCCGAUCCAUCUUCUUCCUCUUCUUCUCCUCUCUCUUCAUUUCUUCAUCCUUCGCUUCCGAGUCAGAUCACAAGUAUCAACGAGAUGACCCCGUUAACCUUUGGGUGAACAAAGUUGGUCCAUACAACAAUCCACAAGAAACAUACAACUAUUACAGUCUCCCAUUUUGCCAUCCAUCUAGUACUUCUACCGCUGCACACAAGUGGGGUGGUCUUGGUGAGGUCCUGGGUGGCAAUGAACUCAUUGAUAGCCAAAUUGAUAUAAAGUUCCUAAAAAAUGUGGAUAAGACUGUCUUUUGCCAGAUAGAUCUUGAGGAAGCAAAGGUUAAACAGUUCAAGGAUGCAAUAGAGAAUAAUUACUGGUUUGAAUUUUUCAUGGAUGACCUGCCUUUGUGGGGAUAUGUUGGUGAGCUACAUCCUGAUAAGAAAAGUGAUAAUGGCAAGCACGUUCUUUACACACACAAGAAUAUUAUUGUUAAAUACAAUAAUGAUCAGAUCAUUCAUGUUAAUCUCACUCAAGAUAUCCCAAGGCCUUUGGAGGCAGGAAAACAUUUGGAUUUGACAUAUUCUGUCAAAUGGGUCCCUACUAACAUCACUUUUGGACGCCGCUUUGAUGUCUACCUUGACUAUCCUUUCUUUGAGCAUCAGAUUCAUUGGUUCUCCAUUUUCAACUCUUUCAUGAUGGUCAUCUUCCUUACGGGAUUGGUAUCAAUGAUAUUAAUGCGAACUCUAAGAAAUGACUAUGCAAAAUAUGCUCGGGAAGAUGAUGAUUUGGAAUCUCUGGAGAGAGACGUUAGUGAAGAAUCUGGCUGGAAACUUGUGCAUGGUGAUGUUUUUCGGCCUCCUCGCUAUUUAGUUAUUCUUUCAGCUGUGGUUGGCACAGGUGCUCAGCUAGCAUUGCUGGUUUUUAUUGUCAUCUUGCUGGCUAUUAUUGGGAUGUUGUAUGUUGGGCGAGGAGCAAUUGUCACAACCUUCAUUGUUUGUUAUGCUCUCACAUCAUUCAUUUCUGGUUAUGUGAGUGGGGGAAUGUACUCACGGAAUGGGGGUAAAAGCUGGAUUAAAUCCAUGAUCCUUACAGCUUCUUUGUUCCCAUUCACAUGCUUUGAAAUUGGAUUUGUUCUAAACACUAUUGCUAUAUUCUAUGGGUCUCUAGCAGCUAUUCCAUUUGGCACAAUGGUGGUUGUUUUUGUCAUUUGGGGUUUCAUUUCUUUUCCUCUAGCACUUCUUGGCACAGUUGUUGGAAGAAACUGGAGUGGUGCUCCAAAUAAUCCAUGUCGUGUAAAAACUAUCCCUCGUCCCAUUCCUGAGAAGAAGUGGUACCUCACACCUUCAGUGGUUUCUCUGAUGGGAGGACUGUUACCCUUUGGCAGUAUAUUUAUUGAAAUGUAUUUUGUAUUUACAUCCUUCUGGAAUUACAAGGUGUACUACGUGUAUGGCUUUAUGCUUCUGGUUUUUCUGAUUCUCACCAUUGUUACUGUUUGCGUGACAAUUGUUGGGACAUACUUUUUGUUAAAUGCCGAGAACUACCACUGGCAAUGGACUUCUUUCUUUUCAGCUGCCUCAACAUCAGUUUACGUGUAUCUGUACUCAAUAUAUUAUUACUACGUGAAGACAAAGAUGUCAGGGUUCUUCCAAACCAGCUUCUAUUUUGGAUACACUUUGAUGUUUUCUCUUGGACUUGGAAUUCUAUGCGGAGCUGUGGGUUUUCUUGGUUCAAAUUUGUUUGUGAGAAGGAUCUACAGAAACAUUAAAUGCGAUUGAGGUUUUCUGAGUUAGACCUGAGCACUUCCAGAGGUUUGUUGCUGGAGACAAUAAAUUCUUAAAUGAAGCCUCUGGUCAUUGUAGGGGGAACGUAAAGAAGUUUACAGGUAGAAGAAUUGCAGGGUUUUGAGGAUGAGGGUGUAUUCUUUUUCUACAAUGGGGAAGCCCCGAGGUUUUUUCCCCGGCUGUAUAAGACUGUCUUUAUAAUUUUAGAGUUAGUACAAUGUCCGACUCUCGUUACUGUUUCAAUCAUCCCUUUAUAAAAUAGGACCCCCAUUGAAGGACUUGUAUCUUAUUCCCCAACAUGGUUUAAAGUUUCAAUCAUCCAAUGUAAUGUAAAGAGGGGAAGAAGUCUGAAAAAUGAAUUUUGUAUGAAGAUCUGAAUAUCAUUCUUAUAUGCUUCCUUCAUGUUUAAAUUUCAA